GGGACACACACGCUGAUGCACGCCGCGUUUCCCUGCGCACACCCCUUCCCGCCGUCUUCUCCCCGGCGCGGCCUGGCUUCCACACCCUGCUCUCCCCUUCACCCGCGGGCUCCGAGGGCGGGAGUUCCGGUCGGCUCUGCCCGCGGCCGCGCCGCUCGGGACACGGGGGUCGAGGGGCCGGCAGGCAGUGCGACCCACAGCCUCCCCGAGAGAAGUGGGCGCUCCGUGCGUCACAGGAAAACAAGGCCGCAAAGGGAGGACAGGCCGGCCACGGGGGCUCUCAGCGCCGUUUCCUCCCAGCUGGCGGCGGCGAGCUCCACGAGCGCGGAGCCGCCGACUGAGCGGACAGCGCGAGGCCCGCGCAGGGGCCGCCGCCCCAGGAGAGUCACCUCCGCCCGCGCACACGGCAGGGACUCGCGGCGCCGGCAGCGGGGUCGGCACAGUGCGGAUCGCCCCGGAAGAGGAGCCGGAGGCGGCGGCUGCCCCGCAGGCGGCAACGACUUCCAGUGGUGCUUCUCGCAGGUCAAGGGGGCCAUCGACGAGGACGUAGCGGAAGCUGACAUCAUUUCAACCGUGGAAUUUAAUUACUCUGGAGACCUUCUCGCAACGGGGGACAAGGGCGGCAGAGUCGUUAUUUUUCAGCGGGAACAAGAGAAUAAAAGCCGUCCUCAUUCCAGGGGAGAGUAUAAUGUUUACAGUACCUUUCAAAGUCAUGAACCAGAGUUUGACUAUUUGAAAAGUCUAGAAAUUGAGGAAAAAAUUAAUAAAAUUAGGUGGUUACCUCAACAGAAUGCUGCUCAUUUUCUACUGUCUACAAAUGAUAAAACUAUUAAAUUAUGGAAAAUAAGUGAACGAGAUAAAAGAGCAGAAGGUUAUAACUUGAAAGAUGAAGACGGACGACUUCGAGAUCCCUUCAGAAUUACAGCACUACGGGUCCCAAUAUUGAAGCCCAUGGACCUUAUGGUAGAAGCAAGUCCUCGUCGGAUUUUUGCAAAUGCUCACACAUAUCAUAUAAAUUCCAUUUCAGUAAAUAGUGAUCAUGAAACAUACCUUUCUGCAGACGAUCUGAGAAUUAAUCUCUGGCAUUUAGAAAUCACAGAUAGAAGCUUUAAUAUCGUGGACAUCAAGCCAGCCAACAUGGAGGAGCUGACAGAGGUGAUCACUGCAGCCGAGCUGCACCCGCGCCAGUGCAAUGUGUUCGUCUACAGCAGCAGCAAGGGCACCGUCAGGCUCUGUGACAUGCGCUCCUCCGCCCUGUGUGACAGGCACUCCAAGUUUUUUGAAGAACCUGAAGAUCCCAGCAGUAGGUCCUUCUUCUCAGAAAUAAUUUCUUCCAUAUCUGAUGUAAAAUUUAGUCACAGUGGCCGCUACAUGAUAACCAGAGACUACCUGUCAGUGAAAGUGUGGGACCUCAACAUGGAGAGCAGGCCGGUGGAGACACACCAGGUUCACGAGUAUCUUCGAAGCAAGCUUUGUUCUCUGUAUGAAAACGACUGCAUCUUUGACAAGUUCGAGUGUUGCUGGAAUGGCUCUGACAGCGCUAUUAUGACUGGAUCCUACAACAACUUCUUUAGAAUGUUUGAUAGAAAUACACGGAGGGAUAUUACAUUGGAAGCUUCAAGAGAGAACAGCAAACCUCGAGCCAUCUUAAAGCCUCGGAAAGUAUGUACAGGUGGUAAGAGAAAGAAAGACGAGAUUAGUGUUGACAGUCUGGACUUCAGCAAGAAGAUUCUUCACACAGCCUGGCACCCCCUGGAGAACAUCAUUGCUGUGGCCGCCACCAAUAACUUGUAUAUUUUCCAGGACAAAGUCAACUAACGAGGCUGAUUUGAGGACCACGUCUUACCUUGCAUAAUUCAGCCUGGCUGUUUCUCCGUCAGAGAAAAGGCAUCGUUGUCCUCCUCUCAGUUCCGAACAGUGACGCACGUCCCUCCCCUGCUAGGCCCGGGAGACGCUGCCUCGGUUGGUGCCCACGGGGGGGGGCUUGUCUUCAGGGAGGCGGGGCCUGAGUGCCACAGUGCACGGGAACAGCCCACUCGAAGCAGAAUUGAUGGACCCGCUCAAUAAAGGCCAUUAUUCAAAAUAAAUGUAUUUAUUUAA